AAAUAUAAGCAUAUUAGAUCUAGUAAUACAAGGCUCCGCUUAAACAGCAAACAGUCAAACACAGUUUCGUACUUCUGGGAAAAUGGUUGGUAAACUUUGCUGGAAUGACAGAGUCUCAAGCAGAUUUGCGGUAGUCAUCGUUCUGCAUCUUUGUCAACACAUAGGGAGUUCUUUUCCUCCAAAUCCAGAACCAGGAAGUGUGACACCUUGGGCCAACAAUUCUACAUCUCCCGGAAACACACAGUCCACGACUUUUCUUACGGGCGGUUUUAUACCAAAUGUUAGGCAACCAGGUCCUGACCCUGGACGUCUGCCAGGUGACAACAACGACGAUCAGGCUUAUUACAGUACCACAGGCAGUUCUCAAGCGUAUGGUAGUACAACGAUGUAUUUUAUAUCUACUGAGUCUAGAAGUUCGAUUUCAACUGAAAGUAUGUCAAGUAAGUUUAUAAAGGAACUCGUAUACGUAUAUGAUCCAUACACAAAACCAUGAAAGGCCGUCUAAAAUCAGUUCGACUUCCUGC